CGUACAAAUAAAAUAAAACUCUCUACACGUCGCUUAUUAUUCCCAAAAAAAAAACUCAGCUGAUUCUAAUAUUCGUUUUCAAAAAGUGUUUGUUGACGAAUUUGUUUAGUGGAAAAUUUUAGGGUCGCUAUAUUUACCCAAACCGAACUACGGAACUUCGUACGCUAUUUUCGUUCAUCAUUUUUAUCCAAGCACCUUCAGCGCCCGCAGCAUGGCCUGGAGGUCACACGGAAGAACUAAUGAAGAGAUGGUCCGAAAUUUAAGAGUAAAUGGAAUAAUAAAAUCAGAUAUAGUAGAACAAGCAAUGUUAGCAGUAGAUAGGGGUGAAUACAGUAGAAAUAACCCUUUUAUGGAUUCGCCUCAAAGUAUAGGAUACGGAGUGACCAUUAGUGCCCCCCAUAUGCACGCUCACGCCCUUGAAUUAUUAAGGGAACAACUCGUACAAGGUACUCGGUCUCUUGACGUUGGCAGCGGCAGUGGUUAUUUAACUGCAUGUAUGGCUAAAGUUAUGGGAGAAAAAGGAAUAGCAGUUGGUAUUGAUCAUAUACCAGAGUUGGUGGAGAUGGCCAAAGCAAAUGUAAUGAAAGGCAAUUCUGAUUUAUUGACUAGCGGAAGAGUUCAGUUUGUGACAGGUGAUGGCAGGCAAGGAUAUGCUGAGAAGGGACCUUAUGAUGCUAUACAUGUGGGAGCUGCCGCCCCCACACUACCACAGGCGCUAGUUGACCAGUUAAAAGAAGGUGGUCGCCUAAUAGUCCCAGUAGGUCCCGAGGGCGGCGACCAACAACUCGAACAAAUCGACAAACUUCCGGACGGUUCUGUGACUCGAAAAAAGUUGAUGGGGGUAGUUUAUGUGCCCCUAACCGAUAAAGACCAUCAGUGGCCGAAGGCCUAUUGACGAAUAAUGGGCAGUUUGUUGCCUACAUUUUUCUUUUUAUCCAGUUUGUUUGUGGUUUCAUGGAAAUAUUUGAUGGUCUGGUGACGAAGAAUCGUAUCGACUAAUAUUUUGUGGCAGAUAAGCUUCUGUGAUUUGUCGAUUUAACGUUAUUUGACGAUGUGUUGAUUGUUAGAAAUGCUAACACUCAUAUAUUAGUUAAUAUUAUUAUUGCUUAAUAUAUUUUUAGUUUCUUC